AUGGGAGACUACAGAUCAAGAUCAUACACAUACAGUGAUGAGGGAGAUAUGCAAAUAGAGAGAUACUACGGUGGAAAUGGACCAAAAAGGUCCAAUUUUGAACACAACCCACCUCAUAAUUUCAGGUCCUAUAGUGUUUCAUAUGGUCCACCCCCUCAAACUAACAUGGAUGUUGUUGUUGCUCGCACUACAAGAGAUUUAGAGUUCAAGAAAGGGAAGUCAACAGCAAAAUCAUGGAGUUUUAAUGAUCCUGAGUUCCUGAGGAAGAAGAGGGUUGCUGGCUAUAAAGUCUACUCUGUUGAAGGAAAAGUCAAAGGAAUCGGAGACGCGUAUACCUUCUAUCUUUAUCUCUAUUCAUGUUUGAUUCCAAAUAUUUGGUUGAGAAUUGUCAUACACACGAAUCUAUAA